GUCGAUUGCCUGCAACUGUGGUGCCUCAAGUGGUCACACGUUCCAAAAUGGCGAGCUCAAGCUCGCACCCUAUGGUUAAUAAUACAGAACCGGCAUAACUCAGACCAUUCCCCCGCGUCGCUGAGAAAUCAACCCGAAUCCUCCAUCUUACUAUAUAGUCUUUUCGAAGACCUUUCAAAAUAUAACGCAGCACUCAAAAUGCCGACAGCAGUUGUCACUGGAGCUAAUUCGGGUAUCGGGAAUGCCUUGGCCCAAAUUCUAGUCAAAGAGGGAUACAAAGUCAUAGGUGCAGACAUCACCCUUGGCGAUGAGAUCAAGAAGCUCGGCUGCCAGUCUGAGCAAUUAGACGUUGCUUCUCCGGAAUCCAUUCAAGCAUUCAAGCAGAAGGUCGGCGAUCAGUCAGUCGACCUUCUGCUCAACAUUGCUGGCGUAGCAGCUAGUCCCUCAGACGACAACCUCGAAUCCGUCAAUGCAUCCCUCCUCCACCGCAAUUUUACAAUCAAUACAUUCGGUCCGCUCCUUUUAACUCAAGCCCUCCUCCCUAAUAUCUUGAAAUCAUCAAAUCCCCGUGUCGUCGUCAUGUCUUCCCGUAUGGGCAGCAUCGCGGACAACUCUACGGGUGGGUGGUAUGCAUAUCGCGGGUCUAAAGCAGCUGUGAAUGCAUUGUUCAAGAGCCUGGCGGUAGAUUUGAAGGAUAGAAAUGUUCCAGUGGUGUUGCUUCAUCCGGGUAUUGUGAAGACGAAUAUUUUCCAGGGGCAGUCGUGGGAGGGCAUACAGGGUGCGGUGGAGGCGGAUCAGGCGGCGGCUGAGUUGUGGAGAGUAUUGAUGAGUAAAGGGUUGGAGAGUACGGGGAAAUGGUGGCAUCGGAAUGGAGAGGAGUUGCCCUGGUAGAGGUUUAGAUUAUACGAGAGCAGACGUAUUCUUGUUCCUGAAGCCCUCGGAAUCAGGAGUUCUGUCUUAGGCUAGCUAAUUCCUUAU